AUGUCAAUAACUAGAAGCCUAUCGAAACCGGCAAUACGGGACUUACUUAACAAGCCAUCGUGGUCUAUAACAAGUCUAUUACACAAUCCCGCUGGUAUAGAAACUCCAAAGAUAGAUGAAGCGGUAGUCAAAAAAAUGCUCCGAAUUUCUGGGCUCCAGAGUACAAUUUCCAAGGAAGAAACUACAAAGAUAAAGAAGGCAUUGGAGACGCAAAUGGUUUUUAUCAACCAUUUAUAUGAAGAUGACAAUGUUGCCAAUAAUAAUUCUACGAAUAAUGACCAUUUCAGACUUUUGCCUGGCGACCAUAGGCAGCAAGAACCACUCAAUUUGCAACAGAUAGAAGAAAGUAUCAGCUCUCUAAAACCAUCGGCCGAGAAGGGAGAAAUAGGGAACUUUACAAUUGGAAAAUUACGAAAUAGUCCAUUUUUCGUGGUUAAAGCUAGACAGUAG